AGAAUAGAAAGUCAAGCUGAACGGAAGAUUUUCGUCUCAAACAACGAAGAAAAAAGACGCUUUGGCGCUCAGAAAGGAUCCAAUUUGACUUUUUCCCUUCUCGGACGCCCUCCACUCGGCUUGGGAACUCCACUCGGGCAUUGCAUGUCGCAGCCAUCUUUCUCUGGCGAUCAGUCCCAUAGCGUGAGGACAAACCUUCACGGGAGAGAUUUUGGCACAAUUCUUGUCUUUUUUUUCCUCUGAGCUCCUAACAUAGCUCACAUGAGAAUGCACACAACUUUUCCGGGGUUUCUUCCCUUACCCUCAAAGGGCACGCUGUGAGCGUCGCCUUAAGAGCAUAAACCCAUGUUUCAACACGUGGGAAAGCGGUCGUUGGCCGUUGACGGCGCGUGCAAGGUUGAUCGUAGAGCUGGUCAUGUUCAUCACGAGGGAGGCGUAUCAAUCAAACCCUAUGGUUUUGGAGUCUGGAUAGAAUCAAGAUUCAACCAAUAUAGGGCAUUCUUCUAGGCCCGGCCUCAUACAAGACAAACGACGAUGCGCAAUUGCUGACAAGGGAUGACAGAAACCAAAAUCUAACGACUCCUGGUUCAUGGGCUACGGUGCAAAUGGUGAGUAAAAUGGAACAGGAAAGGAUAAAAGCGGCAACGAGGCGACUUGCAACUGAGGAAGAAAGAUUAGAUCUUCGCUGAUCGAAAAGGACGAGUCGAAUGCGAGCCAAGAUCCAAAGCUAGUGCAUAAUUUAAAAACGAAACUAUCUAGUAUCGUCGACUAUCCGUUAUAUAUUUGAGAACUUGAGUAUGUCGUCAGACUGAUUUAGCGAGCAAUUUCGAUCUUGAAUGUUCAGUUUCCCUCCUUGAGGGGAACCUCGUAUCUGAAAAGUAGUCCCCGUCAUCAUAGAUUGAGCGGAUGCUAUUCGCCCAUAUCCACUCCAGCCACUGAUGACCUUAAAAUUUGUUAGCGACAGUAGCCAGUUUUCAGCGGCUGCCAAGCGAAAUGCCUCUAUAACUUCCUCAUUUGUUGUAGCCUCUACCAUUCCCUGUUCGCUCGUACUCUUACCAUGCUCACCAUUAAGUUUAAGGGAAUAAUGUCGUGAGUGCACGAUUUCAUGUCUAACGUUCACAAUAAGCUUGUCUCCUAUUAGCUGCUUCAGCUCUUUCCUGGUUCUUACUGAAUCGGUUACGAGAUACCAUAAAAUUCUUUUGUGGUUCCACUUGUUGAGCUCGUUUACUAGCUGAUGUUCGAUUAGCGAGGCACAAUCCAGGAAGUAUUUUCUAUUUUCAUGUGUAGUGAUCUGGUAAGCCGAAGACUUCAAGGCGUUUUUCAUUGUCUGGUCUCCCUCCCGAAUCUGAAUUCCAAUACUAAGGACCUCUGGACUAGUAAUCUUGGAAAAAUCUUCAGCGACUAGCCGUCGAGACUCAUUGUUUAUCUGUAUCAAAUAGUCAAAUGCACACCCGAAAGCAGUUCUGGAUGAGAUUCCCAUCUUAUGAAGCUCGGGACCGUGAUAUAUGCUCGAGA